AUGGUGCCCACGGUCAUCCUCUGCCUGCUGGGCAGCUCCGCUCUGCUCCUCAGCACCACGGCCGGGGCUCAAGCUGCCUGGUGCCCGCCGCCCCGUGUGCCCCACGGACGGGUGUCCCCUCGCCGCUUUUUCUACCGGCCACGGGACACCGUGAGCGUCACCUGCACCCCGGGCUACACCCUGCGGGGUCCGGGCAGGAGCACCUGCGGGGCUGCCUCCAGGUGGGACCCCCCUCUGUCCGAGUGCAGAAAGGAGGUGACAUGUCCCCGGGCACCCAACAUCGCCAACGGGCUGCACUCCGGGCACUCCUCGGGCAGCUUUCCCCGGGGAGCCACCGUGUCCUACAGCUGCAGGGAGGGCUUCCAGCUGCUCGGCAAUGAGUCCAUCACCUGCACGGACUCGGGGCGCUGGAGCCGGCCCCUGCCCCGCUGUGAAGCGAUCGGCUGCCAGGUACCCGAGGUGCAGAACGGGCAGGUGCACAACGCGCAGAGCACCUACAGAGCUGGAGACACCCUGCACUUUGGCUGCCACCCCGGCCACGCAGCAGAGGGCUCCGACGAGGCUCGGUGCCAGCCCGGGGGCGCCUGGGACCCGCCGGAGCUCGUGUGCCACAGGGUCCGGCCGUGCCCGAUGCCUCCGGAGGUGGCCAAUGGAAAUCACAACGGCCGGGACACGGCAGAAUUCACCAUGGGAAUGUCUGUAAGGUACAGCUGCGAUCCCGGCUAUUACCUGGUGGGAAAUGCCGCUGUGACCUGCAGAGCAUCGGGGAACUGGAGCCAGCCCCGGCCUCGCUGCCAAGAGGUGACAUGUCCCCGGGUACCCAGCAUCGCCAACGGGCUGCACUCCGGGCACUCCUCGGGCAGCUUUCCCCGGGGAGCCACCGUGUCCUACAGCUGCAGGGAGGGCUUCCAGCUGCUCGGCAAUGAGUCCAUCACCUGCACGGACUCGGGGCGCUGGAGCCGGCCCCUGCCCCGCUGUGAAGCGAUCGGCUGCCAGGUACCCGAGGUGCAGAACGGGCAGGUGCACAACGCGCAGAGCACCUACAGAGCUGGAGACACCCUGCACUUUGGCUGCCACCCCGGCCACGCAGCAGAGGGCUCCGACGAGGCUCGGUGCCAGCCCGGGGGCGCCUGGGACCCGCCGGAGCUCGUGUGCCACAGGGUCCGGCCGUGCCCGAUGCCUCCGGAGGUGGCCAAUGGAAAUCACAACGGCCGGGACAAAGCGUUUUUUACCGCUGGGAUGUCUGUGAGGUACAGCUGCGAUCCCGGCUAUUACCUGGUGGGAAAUGCCGCUGUGACCUGCAGAGCAUCGGGGAACUGGAGCCAGCCCCGGCCUCGCUGCGAAGGGACUGUCUGCAUCAAUCCAAUCGUGGCCAACGGAAGGCAAGUUGGUGGCCACGGGCUCCUCUCUGCCCCCGGGCAAACGGUGACAUUCCGGUGCCACGAUGGGUACAGCCUGCAGGGCAGUGCCAGCCUGUCGUGCCAGGAGGAUGGCAGCUGGCAGCCCCCUGCUCCUGUGUGUGACAGAGCACUGCCCCACCACACCGCCUUCACCAGGUCCCCAGGUGCUUGUGGUGCUCCCACAAGGUUACAGUUUGCUGAGCUAAAUGAGGAGCACAGGAAUGCCAUUGAUUUUCCUGUUGGGAAGACUGUGCAAUACACUUGCCGCCCUGGAUAUGCAAAAGUGCCAGGAAUGUCACCUACUCUGACAUGCCUUGAGAGAGGAGUGUGGUCAGAAGCACUAGAGUUCUGUAAAAGGAAACAGUGCAGUCACCCAGGUGAGCCUGUGAAUGGCAAGAUUGUUUCCCUGACAAAUCUCCAGCUUGGCUCUACAGUGGUUUACAGCUGUGAGGAAGGGCACAGGUUAAUUGGACAAGCCAGCAGACGCUGUGAGAUCUCUGGGGGACGUGUUGCAUGGACUGGCCACACUCCCCUCUGUCAGCGCAUCCCUUGCGAGCCGCCCCCGGACAUCCCCAACGGGCAGCACUCGGGCCGGCUGCAGAGCGAGUUCCACUACGGCACGGCCGUGACCUACAGCUGCAAGCACGGGCUGCCCCUGCACGGGGAGCCCUCCAUCCACUGCACCACCCGCGACGGCCACAGCGGCGUCUGGAGCGAGCCCCUGCCGGCCUGCGGAGAGGCGAACUGUCCCAUCCCACAGAUCCAGCACGGCAGGAUCGUGGCUGCCAGGGCUGCCUACGCACACAGGGACACCGUGACCUUCCAGUGCGACCCAGGCUAUGCCAUUCGUGGCCACAGAGAGAUCCAGUGCCAGCCAAACAACACCUGGGAGCCGCCUGUGCCCGUCUGCGAGCAGGCUGGCUGCAGGGCCCCUGCCAGGCUGGGCUUUGCCGAGCUCAAGGAGCCCUACAGGAACCAGACAGUGUUUCCUGAGGGGAGCAGGGUGGAAUUCGAGUGCCAGCCUGGCUACAGCCAGCUCCUGGGGGUGUCACCAGCCAUCACCUGCCUCAGGAACCAGACGUGGUCAGCAGCGCUGGAGUUCUGUAAAAAAAAGCAGUGCCCCAACCCAGUGAACCCAGCGAAUGGCAGAGCUGUUGUCCUGACAGAUCUCCUCCUCGGGUCCAAAAUCAAUUACACUUGUGACAAAGGGUACAAGCUGGUGGGAGGCUCCCAGAGAAUUUGUGAGGUCUCUGGCACACAUGUCUCGUGGAGUGGGGAUCCUCCUGUCUGCCAGCGUGUCACCUGCGCUGCCCCUCCGGCCAUCCCCAAUGGGACACACAGCGGCGGCUCCAGGGCCACCUUCUCCCUUGGGGACGUGGUCACCUACACCUGUGCCUCGGGGCUGGCCCUAGCUGGAGACUCCUCCCUGUCCUGCACCUCUGGGGACGGGGAGCGUGGCACGUGGAGCGGGACAGUGCCACGGUGCCAAGAGGUGAGGUGCCCUGCCCCGCCGAGCAUCGCCAACGGGCAGCACGGUGCCAGCCCCGGGGCCAGGCACAGCCCGGGCUCCGUGGUGCGCUACACCUGCGCCGAGGGCUAUUCCCUGCUGGGCAACGCCACCAUCCGCUGCACGGCCCGGGGCACCUGGAGCCGGCCCCAGCCCCGCUGCCGAGUGCCACCGUGUCCUUCCCCUCCAACGAUCAGGAACGGCCAGCACGACAGCAAGGGGGUGGCAGAGUUCAUCCCUGGCACGGCAGUGAGGUACCACUGUGACCCAGGCUACCUCCUGGCUGGCAAAAGCACGAUUUCCUGCUUGCCAUCGGGAGUCUGGAGCAUCCCGUACCCCCGCUGUGAAGUGAUCACCUGCAACAGCCCCAGCAUCAAGGACGGGGAGGUGGCUGAGGGCCGGAGGGCUGUGUACCACCUUGGGGACAACGUCACCUUCCAGUGCCACCCAGGCUUCGUGCUGAGGGGCAGCCGUGGGGCCAAGUGCCAGCCCGACAGCCGCUGGGUGCCCGCUGUGCCCACCUGCCAGCCAGCGCGGCCCUGCCCUCCGCCCCCCGUCAUCGCCCACGCCACGCUCAGCGCCCAGCCUGGGACCAACUUCACCAGUGGCACCUCCGUGAGCUACAGCUGCCAGCCUGGCUUCACCCUGCUCGGGGACCCCUCGGUGCUGUGCACGGCCUGGGGCAACUGGAGCCUUCCCUACCCUCGCUGUGCAGCCGGUUGUGGCACACCAACACCGUUGCUAUUUGCUGAGCUAAGCGAGGAAUAUGAAAAUCAGACUGAGUUUCCUGUUGGGAUGACUGUGAACUACACUUGUCGGCCUGGAUAUGUGGAACAGCCACAGAUAUCACCAACUAUCACAUGUCUUGAAAAUCUAACGUGGUCUGAAGCCCAGGAGUUUUGCAAAAGGGUGGUGUGCCCAGCCCCACAGGUCCAGAAUGGGAGGGUGGCUGUCCCCAGGCCCCGCUACACCUACGGGGACUCUGUCUUCUUCAAGUGCCACACAGGCUUCACCCUGCGAGGCCACCCCACGUCCCAGUGCCAAGGGGACAGGAGGUGGCACCCACCUGUGCCUGUCUGUGAGCAGGUGCUGCACUGCUCCAAGCCUGCAAAUAUCACCCACGGGUCUUUCCGUGGCCCAGCAAAAGCAGUUUUUACUGUGGGAACAUCUGUAAACUACAUCUGUGAGCCUGGCUUCUCCCUCCUGGGGACAGCAUCCAUUUAUUGCACAGCAUCUGGAGCCUGGAGCCAUCCCCCUCCUGUCUGUCAAGCUGUGAAGUGUCCGCAGCCUCCGAGCAUCACCAACGGGAGGCUGGAAGGGAACGCCUCUGCCGCCUUUCCCCGGGGAGCCGCGGUGUCCUACAGCUGCGAGCCCGGUUACUCGCUGGUUGGGAACGCUUUCAUCAGCUGCACGGGCUCGGGGACCUGGAGCCGGCCCCUCCCGCAGUGCAAAGAGAUCAGAUGUGAAUUCCCGGAUGUGCAAGGUGUUAAAAAAGCCAUUAAAGGAAGUACUUAUCGCUCUGGCACUAACAUCACUCUUGAAUGUGACGAUGGGUACGUGCUGGAAGGCAUCAGUCACACCCAGUGCCAGGAGGAUUUCAGCUGGGACCCUCCCGUGCCAGCCUGUAAACUGACAUCCCCCAAGCCCGGGUCAGUAGGCUUAGGAGUGGCAGCUGCAGCAGUUCUGCUGCUCCUGGGGGCAGGUGUUGUCUGGAAAAUCAUUUCCAAGCAGAAGGAAGGCUAUUAUCAUACGUAUGAAAACUAUAAUUACAGAACCCCCCUGAACCCAGACACUGAUCACAAAGGCUCGUUCUGCAUAGUUGGUGUGCACAGGGCCCCGGCGGCCGGGCCCGGCCAUGGCGGCGCCGCGCUGAGGGCGGGCCGGGCGGGGCGGGCCGCGCAUGCGCACCCGGCCCCGCGCUGCGUCUCCGGCGGCGCCGGGAGGGAGCGGAGCGGCCGCAGCCGCGGCCCCGCUGCGGGCAUGGGGCGGCUCUCGGUGCUGCCGGCGCUGCUGCUGCUGCUGCUGCCCGUGCUGGUGCUGUGGCAGCUCAGCGGAGCCCGGGCUCAGGGCUCGUGUCCCAGGCCGGAGCGGCAGCAGAAUGCAGAGCUCGACGAGAGCUCCAGGGAACUCCAAGAUUUUCCACCUGGAAUCAAAAUCUCCUUCACCUGCCGGCCAGGAUACAUUAGGGUCCCAGGGAAGUCACUGACCUGGACAUGUGGUAGUAACUUGCAGUGGUCACAAAGAAGCGUUUCCUGUACAGCAAGAAAAUGUAAAUACCCAGGACCCUUGGAAAAUGGUUAUUUUGAUGCAAGAGAUCUUACAUUUGGUUCAAAAUUGACAUUUCGUUGUAAUGAAGGAUACAGAUUAAUAGGUAAGGAAGAGAUUUCCUGUGAUAUCAAGAAUGGAGGUGUUGACUGGAGUGGAGCUCUGCCUUACUGUGAAAUAAUUCCUUGUGAGCCACCUCCCAAAAUAGCCAACGGGGAGUACGAGGAGAGAGGCAGCUACGUGUACCAGAGCUCAGUGACCUACAGGUGCCUGGAUGUCCCCAAGGGCAGUGAUCCCUUCUCCCUCAUUGGCUCAGACACCAUUUACUGCGCAUCUGAUGCAAACUCAAAUGGAGUUUGGAGUGGGCCACCUCCAGAAUGUCGAGUGGUCAAAUGUGAAGACCCCAGAGUUGAAAAUGGGAGAAAAAUGUCUGGAUUUGGACUUCCCUACAGAUACAAGGACUCAGUUGUGUUUGAGUGUAAUCAAGGCUAUUUCAUGGUUGGAGCACAGGUAAUUACCUGUGAAGCAAAUAACAUCUGGGUUCCUCCACAACCAACCUGUGAGAAAAUUACUCCAGAGAUGUGUCUUGCCCCGAAGAUCCCCAAUGGGGCCCUGGUUCCAGCCAAAGGUGCCUAUGCAAAAGGAGAGGCUGUGCAGAUCAGGUGCAAUGCUGGCUGCUCCUUCCCUGAUGGCUCUGCAGAGGUGACAGUGACCUGUCAAGAACAGAGUUCCUGGGGUGCUUUACAGCACUGUUCCUGUGAGUCUGAAGGCUCUGGUUCCACACCAGUCAUAAGUCAUGGGAGAGUGAUAGAAGGACAAAAACCUUCCUACUCUGUGGGGGAUUUCAUCACCAUUGAAUGUUACCCGGGGUACACCUUGCAUGGGGAGGCUCGGAUUCAGUACAUUGGGAACAACCAGUGGGUGCCAGCUGUGCCAACCUGCCAGCUCAGUGAGUCUGAAGGUUCUGGUUCCACACCAGUCAUAAGUUAUGGGAGGGUGAUAGAUGGAGAAAAACCUUCCUACUCUGUGGGGGAUUUCAUUACCUUUGAAUGUUACCCGGGGUACACCUUGAAUGGGGAGGCUCGGAUUCAGUACAUUGGGAACAACCAGUGGGUGCCAGCUGUGCCAACCUGCCAGCUCAGUGGAUAUAUUAUAGCCAUCAUCUGUGUGAUUGUGGUAGUUGUGGUGCUCCUGGCAGCCUUCUGGAUCUACAAGAAAUUCUUCUCACAGAAUGGGUCUGGUGCUGCGUGGGUCAGCUGCGGACAAAUGUGCUCUGACUCGCACUGGGAGCCAGUCCUCGGUGUGGAGCACUUGGUGUGGCAGAGCACGGCCUGGGUUGAGUGCAGGCAGAUCAGGAGCUGCCCUGCUCAGGAAAAGUGAUAUUUGUGCCCAGGAGAUGGCUCUGGAGAGGCCACUGCUGGUAUGGGCAGCAAGAACAGGUACUUCCUUCACGAGUUUAAAGCAUAAGGGAGAUAUUUCUUUCCUUUAUUAGACCACAAUAAAAGCUCCACAUUACAAUCCUGAAUUGAAGGUAGCCUAUUCCUUCAGUCCUACUCUUGCAGCCUUACAAAUGGAGUUAAAAGCCAGAUACUCUGUGUCUGAAACCCCCCAAAACCCCAAGGCAGGCUGAACCCUGGGACAGGAUGGGGGUAAAAGCCUGUGCAGCUUUGUGUCCCUUUUAACCGAGCAGUGGGACAGUCAGGCCUGCUUGGUUUGAGUCACUGAUUUCAAUUCCUGCUAAGGGGAAUCUGUCAGAGCACUCUGCAGUGUCUGUUUUAGCAUGGUGACCAUUAGAGGUGUGCUUAGAUAUUAGUGCUGUAGCUCCCCAUCUGGUGAUCCCCCUGCUCAUCUGAAAUUGCUUUGACUUGCCUGGAGUCAUCCAGUUCUCCUCCAGCUUUGCUCUCAGGAGAGUUCCUGGGCAAAUCCUGAGCCUGUUGGGAGGGCACAGGAACUGCUGAACCCCUGGAUCCUGUGGAGAAUUCCAGAAUUCACAGGGAACAGUGAGGUGAAACUGGGCAAACUCGAGGAGAGCACUGCACUUGCAUGGCUGAGGUCAGGGAAGGGCAGUAGGAAAGAAAACUCACCAAAUUUAGCCCUACACAGCCUGAGUGAGCGGCACAUUGCAAAACUGGCUCCACUCAAACAAAUGAUCCACCUAAGCAGCUGCAACCAGAAAGGCCAUUUUCUAUUCCUAACUCCUGUACCUAAGCAUCAGUUUGGAAUGUAAAGUACUGAUUGCAGGGCUUGAAAGCUCUCACAGGGAGAUGAUUGUUGUGAUUUGUACAGUCAGUUCAGGAACACGGUGUUCCCCCAACACCACCGCUCCAGCUCCUCCAGGUAAUGGCAAGAGAAGCCAUAUUUUUCUUUUGUGUCAUUCUAGAGACAAAAGAAUGUCCUGUGCCAGGGAGGAGCAUAAGGAAACAAGCCCAGCCAGCUGUUCACUGAAGUAUAACCUGCCUUUAACCCAGAGAGCUGAAAACAAGCCUUUAGUUUAACACUGCCUGCAGUACAAGGACCUGGCAAAACAGCUGGAGAGAAGCACUGACCAAACACUCCUGGCUGACUCCCCCAGGCACAUGAGAAUCCUGUUAUCAGGGUUUCCAUCAUUCCAUCCCUGAAAUGUCUCUGUGUGUCCAGGAGCCACUGUCAGUGCUUAAGAAGCAUUUGGGCUGGAGAUCCAAGUGCAAAGCCAGUGGCUGCUGUUGGGCUCCUGAGCGCCGUGAGUGUUUGUGGGGGGAGCUGCAGAGAUGAGGCUCACUCAGAAAUAGCUCUUCCUUGGAAAGCUGGAGGGCUGAAUCACAGUGUGUUGGCUCAGUUUUUAGCAGACGAGCCAUCACAUCUGCCUCCCUGUAGGCGAGGAGCCGUCACUGGCAGCGGGAUUGGCAGCCAGGUUCUGUCCCUUUGGAAACCAGGCAGUGAUGAUGAGGAAGGCGAAGGCUCAUCGUGGGCAGGGUCAGGAGGUGGGCUGGCAGCUCUGGGAGCAGGAGAGUUCUGCUCCCCUGUCCCUCUCUGUGCACAGAAUGUGUCCCCAGGUUGAACUUUGGGCACUAAAUAAGUUCUUUUGCUCACAGGCAUUAACCACUGCUCUGCUGCUGGGAGGCUGAGACAGCCCUGAGCAUAUCCAUGGUUGGUGUUGUCCUGAGACAGCUGAAAAUAGGAGUGAGAUGAGCAAAUAGAAACACCAGGGAAAAAUGGGGAAACCUGGGAGGGGACAAGACAGCUCCUGAGCUAGGUACUUGAAA